CGGUCCUGUGGAAGUUCUCUGUUGUGUAAAGAAAGGCUCAGGGAGGGAGAAAUGCAAGUCUCCAUUGCAUGCACAGAGCAUAACCUCAAGAAUCGGAAUGGAGAAGAUAGACUUAUCAGCAAACAGAAUACCACAAACCCAAACACGGUCAAUGCAGCCCGGGCCAAAUUUCGGACGGUGGCGAUUAUCGCUCGCAGUUUGGGAACGUUCACCCCUCACCACCAUAUUUCCUUAAAAGAGUCCACCGCCAAGCAGACUGGCAUGAAAUACAGAAACCUUGGGAAAUCUGGACUAAGAGUUUCGUGUAUGGGGCUAGGGACAUGGGUCACAUUUGGAGGUCAGAUUUCAGAUGAGGUCGCCGAGCAGCUAAUGACCAUUGCAUACGAAAGCGGAGUGAAUCUAUUUGACACAGCUGAGGUGUAUGCUGCUGGCAAAGCAGAAGUCAUUCUGGGGAACAUCAUAAAAAAGAAGUGCUGGAGGAGGUCGAGUCUGGUCAUUACAACAAAACUCUACUGGGGAGGAAAAGCUGAAACAGAAAGAGGACUUUCAAGAAAGCACAUUAUUGAAGGAUUAAAAGCUUCCCUCCAGAGACUGCAGCUGGAAUAUGUGGAUGUAGUCUUUGCAAAUCGACCAGACAAUAAUACCCCGAUGGAAGAAAUUGUCCGUGCAAUGACGCACGUGAUAAACCAGGGCAUGGCGAUGUAUUGGGGAACCUCCCGAUGGAGCGCCAUGGAGAUCAUGGAAGCUUAUUCGGUAGCAAGACAGUUUAAUAUGAUCCCACCAGUGUGCGAACAAGCAGAAUACCACCUGUUCCAAAGAGAAAAAGUGGAGGUCCAGUUGCCGGAAUUAUAUCACAAGAUAGGAGUUGGAGCGAUGACAUGGUCUCCGCUUGCUUGUGGGAUCAUCUCAGGGAAAUAUGCCAAUGGGAUUCCUGAAACUUCAAGGGCUUCACUAAAGUGCUAUCAGUGGCUAAAGGAGAAGAUUGUGAGCGAAGAAGGAAGGAAACAACAAACAAAGCUGAAAGAUCUCUUCCCGAUUGCUGAACGACUGGGAUGCACACUACCUCAGCUCGCAGUGGCGUGGUGUCUACGCAAUGAGGGCGUGAGUUCAGUUCUUUUAGGAUCUUCCAACCCGGAGCAACUAAUAGAGAACCUUGGUGCCAUACAGGUACUUCCGAAGAUGACCUCCCACAUUGUGAAUGAAAUCGAUAACAUUUUGGGGAACAAACCUUACAGCAAGAAGGAUUACCGAUCCUAAUGCAUUGCAUGACUGAACUGGCCUGCAUGGCUAAAAUCGCGCUCUGUACGUAGUACGGUACUCAGGCAGUACUAAUUAUCCUGUUAUAAUUAGAAUUUAUUCAGCAGUCCCUCUAGUUCCCUGGAUUCUUCAGGGGGGAGUGUGCUGUGCCCAAAUGCAGAAGCACAGCUGAUCUCUGGUCACCUGAGGUAGACGUAGCUCUUUUCUUUUGACUCAAGUCCUCAGAGUUUUGACUCAACUCCAGCUCAAGCCAAAGGCCGCCACCCAGAGGGAAGGGCUAAUGCGCAAGCCCCAUUGAGAUGAAUGAGAUAUGCACAGCAGCGCUGC